AUGUCCAAGACCGCUCACUACAUCAAUGGACACCACGAGUCCGUCUUGCGCUCCCACACGUGGCGGACCGCGCAGAAUUCUGCCGGCUAUUUGCUGAGCUCGCUUAAGCCCGACAUGCACAUCCUCGACAUCGGCUGCGGACAUGGUACCAUCACGGUCGACUUCGCCGCUCUCGUCCCACAGGGCUCAGUGAUCGGCCUCGACAGCGUGGAUGGUGUUCUCGAACAGGCACGCGCGAACGCGUCUGCACGCGGCCUGCAGAACGUCAAGUUUGUCGUUGGAGAUGCGCUCAAAUUGGACUUCCCCGAUGACACUUUCGACGUCGUCCAUGCUCAUCAGGUUUUGCAGCAUGUCGGCGAUCCCGUGGGCAUGCUCCGCGAGAUGCGCCGCGUCACGAAGCAUGGCGGCAUUAUCGCGUCGCGGGAUUUAGACUUCGCAAAUCUAACAUUCUUCCCCGAGUCCGAGACCCUAGAGGGGCAUAAGGACCUGCAUAUACGCACGGCCCACGCCUUGGGAGGGGAGCCACUUGCUGGGCGUAGGCUUGUUUCAUGGGCCAUGAAGGCGGGGUUCGAGCGCUCUGCAAUCACAGCUAGUGCGAGUGCCUGGUGCUACAGCACUCCCGAGGAACGCGCUUGGUGGGGCGGCCUUUGGGCGGACCGCGUACUGAAGUCAUCCUUCGCCACCUACGCGCUGGAAGCCGGCUUCGCGACCCAAGAGGAGCUGGAGAAGAUAGCGCAAGCGUACCGCGAGUGGGCUGCCCACGAAGACGGGUGGUUUGGCAUGAUGCAUGGGGAGGUUCUUUGCCGCGUCUGAGCCUUAGGCGGCUGCAUGGACCACACGCGAACGAAACGCGAACUAGCAGUUUUUUGUUCCACGUUCGUCACCACGGAAGGAGAUGCGAGAGGUGAUCUGGUCAGACGGUGGGUGAGCAGUUCCCGAGGGGAGCGGGGACAUCUGGGCAGCAACGAUCAGAACGAAUUCUCGUUCCGACGUUUGGCAGUUCAACACUGCAGACCACAUGGGUUCAACCCCUUUGUGUCUCGCGCGCCCCCAUGUCCCCGCGAUUUGACGUCGCUGUUGUGCGUCCCUGUACUUUAUAUGUCGAAUGUACUGUAGGACAUAGCGAG